AACCCGCACAGCACGAGUAAGGUCUUGGCUUCUGUAAGAGAGUCGUUUAUCUUUAUACGACCGGUGUUUCUGUGCAGGUUCCGCUGCAUGUGCUGACAUCAAGGUGCUUGGAGGACUCAUACAUUGAACUGUUUUUAUAAUUAACAUUAUUGUGAACUGUUGUUGCUCGUAGAAACUUUCUGUUUUCGUCGCAGCAUCUCGUUUUACCGGGAAAGCAGUGAAUUGUGUCACGCAUAAGUGGUUCCAUUGGGCAUCUAAGCUUCCAAUUUUCAUAAUUACCACAUAAAAUUUCUGUUGCUAUUUAAGCAAAGUAUUAUUUCAGACGUUAGGGAUAAGAAAAUGGUCAUGGAGGCAUCCCCUUCUCCGCAGAAUGUCGGUCGUGAAUUUGUCCGACAAUAUUAUACUUUACUUAAUCAAGCUCCUGCACAUCUUCAUAGAUUUUAUAAUCAACAUUCAUCCUUCGUGCAUGGAGGAUUAGAUUCCAAUCGAGAAUCGACUCCUGCAAUUGGUCAAAAGCAAAUACAUCAAAAAAUUCAACAACUAAAUUUCCGAGACUGUCAUGCUAAAAUAAGCCAAGUUGAUUCACAGCUCACUCUUGAAAAUGGUGUUGUCGUGCAAGUAUCAGGAGAGCUAUCUAAUGCUGGACAACCAAUGCGUCGUUUUACACAAACAUUUGUGUUAGCCAUACAAGCACCAAAAACAUAUUAUGUACAUAAUGAUAUAUUUCGUUACCAAGAUUUGAUCUUUCCUGAUGAAGAAGAAACAGAUGUGGGUGGUGUAGAAGGAGGUGUAGGUGAGCCUGGAGAGAGGGAAGGGGAGGAGGGAGUGCGUUCUGAACCAGAGGAAGAUGAACAUCAAAAUCGUGGACAGCAGCUUUCAACACCAGCUGCAUCUACUGAACCUCAAGUUCAACCUCCGCUUAUUCCCGCACAACAACCCGUGCUUCAACAACAGCAACAAAUAUACUAUGCACCACCGCCGCAACAGACUCAUGUACAUCCUGUAAUGCAACAGGUAUUAAAUGGUUCGGUUCAUGAAGAAGCACCAUUAAUUAAUCAACAACCACCACCACCACCACAACAACAACAACAACAACAACAACAGCAGCAGCAACAACAACCACCUCCACCACCAGCACAGCAGCAUCAAUAUAUAACAGAACCUACGUCACAAACACAAUUUGUACAAGAAACGGAACUGGAUCCUGCAGCCGAACAACAACAACAACAAACAGAAAAUGAGCCGCAAACUCAAUCAAAUGAGAGUCGUGAACAACCUGAGGCUGAAACGUUUACCGCUUCUGUACAAGAAUCCGAACCAGAACAUCAAGUGGCAAAUACAAGUGUGACUAGUAGCGGGCCGAAAACAUACGCUAAUCUUGUGAAAUCAUUCCCCAGUACUACUGGCGCUACUAGUCCUCAAGCUCCCAAAUUGUCUAUGUCACCGCCUCCAAUGACGAACUUGCGUUUAGACGAUAGAUCGCCACUACAUCCAACUAGUAGUGGACCUGCACUGUCUAUAACAACUAGUGUUUCUACGCCUCAACAACAGACUCAUAGAGUUAGUAACCAACAGCCACAACAGCAACAACAUCAGCAACAGCGAGCUCCGAGAGGAGGAGCAGUACAACGAGAUGGCGAUCGUCGUGGUACAAGACAAAGUCAAUAUAGUGAUGCCCACCAAUUAUUCCUUGGGAAUUUACCGCACAAUGCAUCAGAAGAUGAUUUACGUCAAGUGUUUGAAUCUUAUGGUAGGGUAGUAGAGUUGCGUAUACACAGUAAAUCAAAUGAUAGAUGCAAGGGGCCGCAGGGAAAUAACACGGGAAAAGUGCCUAAUUAUGGAUUCAUCACUUUCGAAGAUCAACAAGUCGUUAGCAAAGUGUUACAGAAUUUGCCGAUUUAUUAUCCUGCUGAAAAUGGACAAAAGCUAAAUGUGGAAGAAAAGAAAGUUAAGCCGAGAACGAUGGAAGGUAGCGGUGGUCGAUUGAAUUCUAAUGAUGGCAAUAUGAGAGCAAUGGGAGGACAACAGCAACAGCAGCAACAGCAACGAGGACCAGGUGGACCCGGAGGUAUGAUGAGAGGUGGCCAACAUGGUACGAGAGGUGGACGUGGAGGAUUUUCACGAGGUGGUGAUGGUGGAAGGGGAGGUGGUGGUAUGCGGCAGUCUGGUAAUCCCAACAAUCUGAGUUAUCAAAAUCGCCGCUAAUACUUCAAGCAACGUUGAAGAGGCACUCCCCAGUUUCUUUCUUCUUGAACAAGUCAUCGGUAUAUAAUUACCAUCCUCAUUUUUGAACACAAAAUCCAGGACUAUCUCGUAUGCCACACAACGUGAUUAAAGGCGCUAUUCUUUUACGCUUAAACAUCGCUUGCACCGUUUGUCAAGCAACAACUAUAGAUGACGCAGCUCAAACUGUAUGGAAUACGAACUCGAGUAGGAUAAUCGGAUUAUCGCAUUUAAGCUAAGUUUAUCGUAUUCGUGGAUAAGGAAUAAUGAUUUAGUAAAAUAAUUCAUUAAAGGUUCAACUUAGUUCGUUGAAUAUUUGAUGAAAUAAAUACUACGAGUUCGUUCUUCAUACAUCGACGUCAGGCAAUUUACAAGACUUUACGAUGAAAACAGAACUGCAUCCACUUGCAUAUGUACGUAUAACAGAGCGACGCGUGAUAUCCUCUCCAGAAAUAUGGGUGUAUUUUGUCUCCUGAUACGUAGCCCACGUUUCUUAGAAAUCAACAUCCAAGAAACAAAAUUGUUGCCAAUUUUUGUGAUAGAGUGACAGAAGAAAACUCGAACUAAGUUCUUUCGUGUUCUUCGUAGCACGUGUGCGAUAUAUAAAAGCAAGUGACAGUGUUAGAAGUAUACAUCAUACAGAUCCUACACACAUACAGAUACAUGUCGAACUAGGAUUUGGUAACAUACCUUUUGUUUUCCUUUGGAUGAAUAUCAUGAAAGUUAUACGUCGCUCUUUUAGUUUUCUUCGUUUGCCAAUCGCAUUAAGGAGACAUAAGCGGUGCGAAUUCCGCUGUCGUAUAAAUAAGUCACGAGCCAAACUAAACGAAAUUAAAACGAGAGGAUACGAAUCAUUUUAACUAUGGAAUAUCACCGUACACUUCAUAUGCUCUCGAGUUAAUUUACUUGACUGCCGAUGUAACGUUCCAUCUACAUGUAGAAAGUCGGCAAUAAUGUUUAUAGGUGUAGUUGGUCGGUGUUGGUUAACGAGUAGAGAACUGCGGCUGUUCUGUGGUCGCAUACAAAAAGACACAGUCGAUUUUUUCACAAAACAUGGCCAACUAUCAAUCGACCGGUAUCGGUUGAUAGUGGCGCAGUACCUUUAGACUGCAGCUGGUCUCGCCGUUUUCUAAUUCAUCCGCGUGUCGCUUAUGCUCUAUUUUGUUCCAACCUGCUAAUUUUUUGUUCAAUUUCCUUUUUCUAUUCCUCGCGUAUCUUUUCCUAUUAGCCUCUUGUCUUUUCUUCUUAUGUUCGUCUUCGUCUCUUUCUUAUUUUCUCUUUACUCCUUUUAUCGGUCUUUUGUUUCUUGUCUUCUUUCAUACAAAGUCAUACAAAGAGGGCAAUGCUAUUUCAAAAUUAUAAUUUCAUAGUUGAUACAACAAACUAAUUGAGAAUUAUCUAACAUCUGUUAGUUUGAUAGUCUCUGGUGAUCGCAGAACUCGCAGUGCGCUGCUAAAACAAAGAGACCUAGUACCGUUAUAACAACACAAAAUUUUAGCUUGACUUUGUGCAGAAACCUCGUAAGAUUAACAAUGUAUAUUGAUGAAAGAAUAUUCCCUUGCUUACUAACGUAAUUAGCGUUAUUCUUGUAAUUAUUAUACAUACAUAAAUAGAAAUUUUUCAAAGUUCGAUCAAGAGUGAUAAAUGUUCGUACGAAGAUUUUAUAAACUUCUUUAACCUGACUCUUUUCUUCGAUAAUUAGAUAAUCCAUAUCAAUAAUUAGAUCGAAAAGUAGGCAUAUGAAUAUUCAUUUUCGAAGAUUUUGUCAGCUCUCUGGCGCUAAGGCACACUUUUAAAUGUUUUUCAAUCUACACGUUAUCUUACGAACGAAUAGUUUUACCAGCAUGAAGUAAUAACAGCGAUUUAGCGAAAUUAGAUGGUCGAUCUAACUUAUCCUUUAUAUGGAGAAGAUAAAUUCAGCACGUGCACUUAUUCUAUAUCACCAGAUGGAAUUGAGGAAUAUUUUGAUUCCUGUAUCUUCAUAAGUACCCUAAUAUGUAGAUAGUAUUUUCCUAUCUGUAUUUUCGACACGUGUCCGUAUAAAGGUGCUAGGGCAGAUAAAACAGAGGAGAGAAAGAGAGCGAGAGGAUGAGAGAGAGAGAGCUAGAGCGAACGAGAGAGAAUUGUGUUUAUUAGAAAAAAAAGCAUCAGAAAUAUUUUCGAAUUUCUAGAAACAGUUUGCAAGAUGAGUCCUGCGAUUAUUAGAGACAGGGCAAUAUAUUUUUUCUGGCCUAUUCGUCACGUGUUUUUUUUUCCUUUUUUCAAACCAGGAGAUAUUGUUCUUUUGUUUCUGUAAAUUGUGAUCGUUCUAAAAAUCAUCGGAUAAUCAGAAGAAAAUUAUCAAGCCAACAUUGAAACAAUAUAGAAGAAUCGUAAGUGCAAAGUAAAAAGUAAUACAAUACUACCAUCGUCGUGAAACAGUGGUAGCGCAUAUAGUAAUUUAUGUGCCAUCUCGUACGUAUACACCUCGCCCUAACCCAAGUGCACAGAUGAAAAUACAGGAGACGAACAGAAAUUAAACUGUUUUUUAAUAGUGCUGAGAAAUACAGAGGUGAUAACAAUAUGUUGAUGGUGAUAAAUUAACUGAAUGUUGAAAUUUGCCAGAAAUUACAAAGUGCACGGCGACUAAACCACAAAAUGCUACAAUAUUAAGGCUGAAAACAUGUGAAAAGUAAUUAUUUACUUUCUUAUUGAUCCAUUAAAUUGUUACGUAGUCUACAUUAAACAUCCGCAAUAGUUUGUAAUCGAAUGCGUUACAAUUGCUAUGUCCGAGAUAUAGCAGAAUCAUCGGCGAUCGACGUUCAUUUUACUAUCUCUACAAAUUUUCCUGUAAUGUAUAUGUAAUCUUAGUUGCGUAUAGCUUCACACGGUGGAAUCAUUUUUCUCUAACAAAAUUCGAUGUUUAUGAAACGUUGCUUUUGUAUUAUGUCACGAUGAUGCUGCUUUGUCUCGGUCAUGGAUAAAGAGGUAAUUUCGCGUAAUCAGUUGGCCGCAUUGUUCGUUACGUCGACAAAUUAGAAUAUUUGCUCGUAAUUGUCCACUCAUCCGUAAAAGAAUUUUAUCAUUAAAAAGGAUCAUUGUAAAAUAGCGAAUUGCUUGUUUCAUUUGAUGAAAUACUGAUAUGCCUUUUAUAUCUGCGUAUGAUGAUAUUUUCAAUUGUACAAAUAAUAAUAUAUAAAAUUUUAUAUAUCCAAACAAUCACGCUAUUAACUACGCAUCGAAUAAGUUGAUUAAUUUAUUCUUUCUUAAAUCAUAGGGUUAAAAUACAAUAACGAAUUUUUAUGGCUAAGUAUUUUAACGAGCUUCUUCUCCAGCCUCGACGAGUAGAAUGUAGCACUUUGAUCUUUGCUCUUAUUUCAAUUUUCAAUAUGUAUAUACAGUCUUUAGGUAAGUUCAUUUGUACCGUUCAGUAUAUAUAUAUAUAUAUAUAUAUAUACAUCAGUGUGCAUCUCACGUAUAAACGCAUUGAAAACAAAGUGUUCAGAGGCCACGUGCACGCGAGAUUACCUCUUUAUACCUGAACGAAAGCUCUGCAAAUUUUUAGUGUGAAUGUUUUCGUUUUUAAGUGAUUAUUAAUAAUAAUAAUUAAUAAUAAUAAUAAUAAUAAUUAAUAAAAAAGAUAAAUAUAAUGAACGAAGAAAGGAAUAUGAAGAAACACAAAUAAUUAUAACAAUAUAAUAAUUAGAGGAUGGCGAAUAAGUUGUGAAUUUUUGUAGUAUACAUUUUUAUUUCGGUCUAUCAGGCCAGUUUGUGUGUACAACCAUGGUCAACGUUACUACGACAAAAGGAAAGAAAUAAUGUUAAAGGAAAAUGAAAAAAAAACAAACAUCAAAUAUAUUGUAACUUUUUGCAUUUAGUAUAAUAUACCUACCUUACUACCAA